ACACUGAGGCUGUCUGUAUGUCCGUUCUCAUGUCAUUCAGCAGAUGAAUCACAUCAUCUCAGCACUGGUUCUGCUUCAUACGGUGUGAGAUCGCUGUAUAUAACGUUACCGGUCAUCUAUAGAGCUCUGGAAACGUCUCUGCAUGGAAUAACGUCCACACGCUACUGUCAUGCUGGAAACAGAUCGCUAUUGUGGAUUUGCGAGAUUGGAGGAAUGAUGAAUGAAUAAAACCACAGCGACGUGGAUAAUCGACAGACGCUGUGUAUCAAACCGUGAGCAGUUCUCUUGAAUAAUCUGUCAAUAACAAGCGUUCAAGACGGACGGCGUCCAAGAGCACAGAGGGAGAAUCCGCGCGAACAUGAGAGAACGGGACUUUAUGCCAAACAUGGAACGGGGCAAACCGGCCACAUACACGGGAGACAAAAAAGCUAAAAUGGCUGCUAAAACCAAUAAAAAGUGGGUGAGACUGGCUACUGUAUUCGCAUAUGUCUUGUCGGUGUCUUUGGCUGCUAUAAUACUGGCAAUUUAUUACAGUUUAAUAUGGAAACCAACAUCUGCAUCUGUGUCUGGACAGUCAGGUGUUUUGGUGACGGCUGCAAUUAUGCCCAUAAACACAAAUAACAUCACAACAAGUGAUGUACCAUCCACGAACAAGAUGAAUAAUACACCACCGGUCAGCCUGACAUCGACAGAGACCCCCACGUAUGCCCACUCCACUUCUUCACAUAGACAACAACACUGGGGUGAUAAUAAAGAUCAUGAAGGCCUUCUCAAUAUCUCAACAACAAAUACAAAGAAUACUGACCAAACAGGAACAUUUGACUCAGCGCACAUUCAUGAAAAACCAGGACGUUUUAGUACAGCAGAAGUUAGCCAUGUGUCGGAAACUAGUGUUCUUGUAGCAGGUGCAUCAAGUGAACCUCCUUUAGUCCAUGGAGCCACAUCUUCUACUAAACAAAACGGCAGUUCUGGGGUCAGUGCCACUGAGGAUCAGCCAAACAUGUGGGAUUCAGCCUCUCCCACAACUGACCAAGAAUCUUGGACAAGCUACAGUGCGAGACCUGACGUCUCCUCUUUGACAGAACAGGGUCUGGAAUUAAUGGAGGGCUCGUCUCCAUUGCAAGAGGAGUUGGUUACCAAGGACACCGAGAAUGCAGCAAGUGCAGUGUGACACCAGAUUAUUUGUGUGGCACAUAAUUAUAUGACAUUAACUGUGAUGACUGUGCAGCGAGAGAAAUAACAACUGCGAACGUGAGAGAAGACGUCGUACAGUUUAGACUGACUUUAUUUCUACUUAAAGGACAGAAACUGUGUUGGCCUACCUGCUUUAAAAAAGCUUAUUUAAAAGUUGUUACAUUAAAGAGUGCAAUAGAUGGGUUCCGAAGGUAAAAAUCCCAUUCAUUUUCUCGAUUGAGGAAUUUAUUUUAAACGAUAACUUACAAGCCUUUUAAGACAGAUCUACUGUGAGCUACAAUGUUGUUAAUAGAUGUUACAUACUUUUUUUAAAAACCAUCA